AUGCUGCGGCGGGGUCUUCUACGUUUGGUGCGUGCCUUGUCAGCCGAUGCGUCGCUCGUUUCGCUGCCGCCAAACGUGCAGCGCUGCGAAGUGUUCCGCAAUGUCGUCUCACUAGAUGAGGAGGAGCACAUCUACGCCGAGCUCAGUCGUAUUUUGCAACGCGAAGGACAGACGAUCGUCUGGAAAGGGUCUACGCCGGAUGACAGGGUCAUCAAGCAUGUGUACCUGGAGAUGUUCGGUACGGAAAAGGAAUUCACUGAGGUAAAGAACUGGCAGAAGAGGGAGGUGCGCCAUCUGCCGGGGUUGCUGUGGUCGCCGACAUUGCUGCGCGUGCUGAGUGACGUGGCGCAGCCGCUGAUGGGUGCAGUGCCGGAUACGGCGCGGGUUGUGGAGCAUCAGAUCCCCGGCUACGAGAUGCACGUCGAGCAUCCCACCGUUGGCACCGGCUUCCUUUAUCUCAAUCUGCUGAGUGAUACCGUUUUGGACUUUGACGACGAGAGCACCGGCCGGCGCGGGCAGGUGCUGCUGCCGUCUCGCGCUCUCCUGUGUGUCUCCGGCGAGGCACGCUGGGGCUUCCGCUUUGGUGAAAAGACGGCAGAGGUGCACACGUACGUCGCGCCCAACGGAACUCGCAGACGGGUGGAGACCGACAUGCGCCUCAGCGUGCAGCUGUGGAAGCUCAACCCCAAUCUCCUCGACGGGCGCCUCUUGCAGGAGAGGCUCGAGGAGAGUAUGGAGAUGGCUGGCAAGCGACUCGCGGAGGAGGCACCUAAGCGCGUCGAGCUAGAGAAGGGCUGUGAGGAGGAUGCGACAGUGCUGCAGCCGCCUGACGUCCGCACGCCGUCCCUCAACGCUGCCGUCGAUCCACAGCGCCCGCUCAACACGUUUUUGGCCGCAGCGAUGGAGAACGUGUCGGGCAAGGGCGUUCUAGGCGGUGACCUGGCACAGCCGGAGGGUUGCUUGGCGUCCGGCCAGGCAGGUGCCAAGAAGACGAUGGCGGAUAUUCGCCAAGAUUAUGGGGAGUACAAGCAGCAGUUCUCCAAGGUGUACGGUAUCCUGCAGGAUUUGAAGGUGAUGCAGGACUCUGGGCAGCCGAUCAACGACCUGUGGCUGAAAAAGAAGAUGACGGAGUCGUCGUCGGUAGACGCGGAAAAGGACCGCGAAGACGGCUUCGACACUUCCAACAUCGAGGGAACGUGGGAUAAGGUCGACGCCAAGGCGCGCUUCUAUAAGGCAAAGCUGAAGGCUAUGGACUACGACGGCACCGCCUUCCUCAACUCUCGCAUGCCUGACAUCUCGCAGGACGCCCCACUUGACAUGCGCAGCACGAUCCGCAAGAUGGCCCCCCAUGUCAAGGAUGGCGACAAGAUUGUCGCCAGCCUCCCCAACUCCGGUUGA